AUGAGGACGCUGGAAGACUCCUCGGGAACUGUCCUGCACCGCCUCAUCCAGGAGCAGCUGCGCUAUGGCAAUCUGACCGAGACACGCACGCUGCUGGCCAUCCAGCAGCAGGCCCUGCGGGGUGGGGCCGGAGCCGGGGGCACAGGGAGCCCCCAAGCCUCCCUGGAGAUUUUGGCACCCGAGGACAGCCAGGUGCAGCAGGCCACAAGGCAGGAGCCCCAGGGCCAGGAGCACCAGGGCGGUGAGGCCCACCUGGCAGAGAAUACCCUCUACCGGCUGUGCCCACAGCCCGGCAAGGGUGAGGAGCUGCCCACCUACGAGGAGGCGAAAGCCCAUCUGCAGUACUAUGCGGCCCAGCAGGCAGGGCCCCGGCCGCACGCUGGCGACCAAGAUCCCCGAGGGGGCCCUGGAGGCAAUCGGAGGCAAGAUGAGGCCCUGCGGGAGCUGAGGCACGGCCAUGUGCGCUCCCUGAGCGAGCGGCUCCUGCAGCUGUCCCUGGAGAGGAACGGUGCCCGGGUCCCCAGCCACAUGAGCUCCUCCCACAGCUUCCCACAGCUGGCCCGCAAUCAGCAGGGCCCCCCGCCCAGGGGCCCCCAUGCCGAGGGCCCGGAGCCCCGAGGACCGCCACCUCAGUACCCACACGUUGUGCUAGCUCACGAGACCGCCACUGCUGUCACCGACCCGCGGUACCGCGCCCGCGGCAGCCCGCACCUCCAGCAUGCUGAAGUCAGGAUCCUGCAGGCCCAGGUGCCUCCUGUAUUCCUCCAGCAGCAGCAGUACCAGUACCUGCAGCAACCCCAGGAGCACCUUCCACCUCCACACCCAGCUGCUCUUGGCCACGGCCCACUGGGAUCCCUCAGUCCACCUGGGGUGGAGGGGCCAGCAAGCACCCAGGCCUCCUCGGCCACUUCGGGCAGCGCCCAACUGGCCCAGCUGGAGGCUGUGCUGAGGGAGAACGCCAGGCUACAGAGGGACAAUGAGCGACUACAGAGAGAGCUGGAGAGCUCAGCGGAGAAGGCUGGCCGAAUGGAGAAGCUGGAAAGCGAAGUCCAGCGGCUCUCCGAGGCCCACGAGAGCCUGACGAGAGCCUCCUCCAAGCGGGAGGCCCUGGAGAAGACCAUGCGGAAUAAGAUGGACAGUGAGAUGAGGAGGCUGCAGGACUUCAACCGGGAUCUUAGAGAGAGAUUGGAAUCUGCAAACCGCCGCCUGGCGAGCAAGACGCAGGAGGCCCAGGCCGGCAGUCAGGACAUGGUGGCCAAGCUGCUUGCUCAGAGCUAUGAGCAGCAGCAGGAGCAGGAGAAGCUGGAGCGGGAAAUCGCACUGCUGCGCGGUGCCAUCGAGGACCAGCGGCGGCGUGCCGAGCUGCUGGAGCAGGCUCUGAGCAACGCCCAGGGCCGGGCGGCGCGAGCUGAGGAGGAGCUUCGCAAGAAGCAGGCCUACGUGGAGAAGGUGGAGCGGCUGCAGCAGGCACUGGGGCAGCUGCAGGUUGCAUGUGAGAAGCGGGAGCAGCUGGAGCUGCGUUUGCGCACGCGCCUGGAGCAGGAACUCAAGGCCCUGCGUGCACAGCAGAGACAGGUCAGCACCCCCAGUGGUGGUGGCAGUGGUGGGUCCCCAGAACUGAGUGCCCUGCGACUCUCCGAGCAACUGCGGGAGAAGGAGGAGCAGAUCCUGGCGCUGGAGGCGGACAUGACCAAGUGGGAGCAGAAGUAUUUGGAGGAAUGUGCCAUGAGGCAGUUUGCCAUGGACGCAGCCGCCACAGCCGCUGCCCAGCGUGACACCACUCUCAUCCGACACUCCCCCCAGCCCUCCCCCAGCAGCAGCUUCAACGAGGGCCUCCUCGCCGGUGGCCACAGGCAUCAGGAGAUGGAGAGCAGGUUAAAGGUGCUCCAUGCCCAGAUCCUGGAGAAGGAUGCGGUGAUCAAGGUCCUGCAGCAGCGCUCCAGGAAAGACCCCAGCAAGGCCCCCCCGGGCUCCCUGCGGCCCGCCAAGUCGGUGCCAUCUGUCUUUGCGGCCGCAGCAACAGCGACCCAGGGCUGGCAGGCGCUCUCCUCGAGUGAGCGGCAAAUGGAUGCCCCUGCCUGGUUGGCUGCAGCAGACAGGGCUCCUGUGGAGGACCCAGUGGCCACAGCACCCCUUCCUGCCCAUGCCAAACACGGGAGCAGAGAUGGCAGCACCCAGACUGACGGCCUCCCGGACAGCGCCCCGGCCUGCCUGGGACUGGAGCCCGACAGCCUUCUGGGGUGCAGCAGUGGCCAGAGGACAGCCUCCCUGGACUCUGUCGCUGCAUCGAGAGUCCAGGACCUGUCAGACAUGGUGGAGAUCCUGAUCUGA